GAGCACCGUGAUGAGAUACUCAGCAAAAAUGCCAGUCUACCACCACCGCAGCUGGAACGCACGACGGCCGACUAUGAUUACAAGCCGCUGCUUUUGGAUUUUAUUAUGCCUACGUUCCUCGGCAAAGGGUGCCCUGCAAUACAGCUUUCUGUGCUGGAACAGAUCAGUACUGACGAGGAACCAUCUGCAUCAAAUAGCCAAAGCUCCCACACCGACAAAUAUGAUCUUCCUGUUGGCCAAGACUACUUGCGGAUGGGUAAGCCACAGGGCGCUACAAAGUACGAGGACCUUUGCCACAGCGUAGUGGAUCCCGAGUUGAAUACGGGUUUGGGGCUGACGCAUCGGUUCUUCAAUGUGCAAGAUGUCACAAUAAUUCAUCGGUUGGGCGAAAACCCUAGUGUACAUAGGGAGGGCUUCCACAACCCAGCAUUCCAUGUGCUAUCUCCCGGCGAUGGUGGGUCUGGUGAUGGAGGUAAUGAACUGGGCGAUGGAGGCGAUGGUCCUGGCAGCGGUGUCAAGUCCGAUGAUGGAGGUGAUGGAGAAAAGUUAAGAUGGCGGUGAUGAUCAGCUAAGUACUGGCUUGGGCGCUCCUAGUUCAACCGGCACUAUCCAAUAACACUGAUCAGGCAAGUGGGUCUAGCGAAUCCAACUCACAGAAGGCCGCGGAAGGAGUAAACCCCGGUACCAGUGGCUCAGACAAUAUCGCAGAAUCCACAAUACAGGACAAGCUGUCCUCUUUUUCA